AUGGAGUCGUGCACUCAAGCAGUUUCGCAGGAAGAGUUAGGAGCUACUAUAACAUCCAUCUGUGCUCAGGGCAAUGGUGAUGUAACUUGGCUAUCAUCGUUUACCACUGAUCAAAGCUUGCUAUACGAGGAUGAAACGUUUCUUUUGCACAACCCUAGCUGUGGUCAAAUCAACGUCGUAGACAUUGCACAAGCCCAAGACAGAGAUCGAAACAUCAAGCGUGUAAAAGAUAUCAUCAAGUCUCAGCAAACUCCCGCCUUGAAAGAACGAAAACAUGAAACAGCUGAGGUGAAACGGUUUUUAUUUGAAUUGCCGAAACUAUGAAUUGACUCGAAGUCUAAUAUCUUGUGCCAUCGGUCACAAGUGGUGCUCCCGCAAGAAUUCCGUAGACGCGUGUUUAAAGAGUUACACGAGGACAUGGGUCACCUGGGAUCCGAGAGAGUCUUGGAUCUCGCGAGGGAACGGUUUUACUGGCCAUACAUGAGAAGGGACAUCGAGCACUUCGUUACCCACGUCUGCGGCUGCUUAAGACAAAAACGACCCAAUUUACCAACUCGAGAACCACUUCAAUCCAUUACCACAACUUCCCCCUUUCAGCUUAUUGGUAUCGACUUUGUCCAUCUUGAACGUAGCUCGGGAGGUUAUGAAUAUAUAUUAGUAGUGGUUGACCACUUCACAAGAUACGCACAAGCAUAUCCUACUAAGAACAAAGCGGGGAUUACGGCCGCUGACAAGAUAUACAACGACUUUAUUCCCAGAUUUGGAUUUCCUGAACGAAUUCACCAUGAUCAGGGUAAAGAAUUUGAGAAUAACUUGUUCAAUAGGUUAGAGAAGUUGUCAGGAGUUGGUCACUCGCGUACAACUCCCUAUCACCCGCAAGGGAAUGGCACAGUGGAACGCAUGAAUAGGACACUUCUUGGCAUGCUUAGAAGCCUUCCUGAACAACAUAAAUCAAACUGGAAAGAUCACGUUGCGAAGUUAGUACAUGCAUACAACUGUACUCGUCAUCAAACAACUGGUUGCUCUCCGUUUUUCUUGCUGUUUGGUCGAUCUCCACGAUUGCCAAUUAUCUUGCAUUUAAGAUGGAAAAGGCAAAUGAUCCAACCGGGUACCCUCAGUACGUGGCCAAAUGGAAAACAGCAAUGCAAGAAGCAUACGCGAAAGCUUCAACGGCAGCGAACAAGAACGCAAAACGGGCGAAGAAACACUACGACAAGAAAGCUCGAUCAACAAUGUUAAAUGAAGGAGACAGAGUUUUGGUUCGUAAUUUCUCGCCUAGAGGAGGCCCGGGAAAGCUUUUUUGGGAGGAGGAGGUGCACGUAGUGGUGUCAAGAAAAGGGCCAGACAGCCCUGUGUAUGAAGUUCGAUCAGAGUCCAAUUCAACGAGAAAAAACCGUACACUACACCGAAACAUGUUACUCCCAUGUGAUUACCUCACAAGCGAAUCAGCCAAACCAAAACCUCGACAACGCAGAAUACCUGUUCAAGACACAUCCGUUGGCGAGAACGUUGUUGACUCAUCCGAUGACGAAGAUGAAUUUCCUUCCGUGUCACGUGGAUUGCGAGUGGAACUGCAAAAUUCGAGUGAUGCAAAACGACCAAUCGUGAAAGAACCAGAAACGCGACAACACCAAUCAAGCGGGGUUGAGGAUAAUGUGGUUGAAGAACAACUGGUAGAUGGAGAAUACCAGCUAAGCGGUUCUGAAGAUAAUACAGUUCAGGAACAACUCGUAGAUGGUGAAGACCAACCUGAUGAAGCAGAACCCGAUAACGUUCCAAACAACGAUCCUGUAGCCGGUACAGAAGAAACAGUAGAUGCUAAUGUUGCAAAUCGUCCCCAGAGAAAUAGACAACCUCCACAACGUCUCGUGUAUUAUGCACCUGGACAUGCAUCCUGUUAUCAUUCGCAAUUCCAGCAACCAAUCCCACAACCUUAUAGCCGGUACAGAAGAAACAGUAGAUGCUAAUGUUGCAAAUCGUCCCCAGAGAAAUAGACAACCUCCACAACGUCUCGUGUAUUAUGCACCUGGACAUGCAUCCUGUUAUCAUUCCCAAUUCCAGCAACCAAUCCCACAACCUUACCAGCAACCAAUCCCACAACCUUACCAAUUCCAGCAACCAAUCCCACAACCUUACCAAUUCCAGCAACCAAUCCCACAACCUUACCAAUUCCAGCAACCAAUCCCACAACCUUACCAAUUCCAGCAACCAAUCCCACAACCUUACCAAUUCCAGCAACCAAUCCCACAACCUUACCAAUUCCAGCAACCAAUCCCACAACCUUAUCAAUUCCAACAACCAAUCCCACAACCUUACCAAUUCCAGCAACCAAUCCCACAACCUUAUCCAAUUCCAACAACCAAUCCCCCAACUUUAUCAAGUCCCGAUGCCAACACAACAUCCAUGGUCUUACAAUUACCACAUGUUUCCUAUGCAGUUGUGAUAGGAUACGAAGACUGAGUUGAAGUCAGUAAUAUCAUUAUAUUAUAUUGCUAGUUUAAAAUUAAAACAGAAAAAAACUUGGUUGAAAGUUCCACAUCCAAGGAUUUGUUGAUCCGGACUAUCUGAAGUAUUACGGAUACUUAAGAAAAUCAGUUAUAUUAAGAAGUUAUUAGAGACUUGGCAACGGAAAGGUCUGAUCAACCCAACCACUGUCCUAUUGGAAUAGGACGUUAUGCCAAACGAACUGUGAUGUAAACGAAGACUGAUUUAGAGUUAAAAUAGAUACUCGUAAAUACGACAAAUGUCACGGAUGCCAUUUGUUUAGUGGGGGAGAGUGUUAGACAGUGUUCAAAGAACAGUUAGUAUAACAUGACGUUUAUAGGAACGCGAUAUGGUCAGUAGGACCGCGGGCGAAAAACGGUUGAGCAUGUUGAAAGUAAACAAAACGAGAUAUAUAGUUUUUAAAGGUUUAUUUCGUAUGUUAAAAGUAAAAUAAAAGUGGACAAACCAAGAAAGAGUAUUAUUUCCUCAUAGUAAAGAAACCAUUUAACAGUAUUUUCGCAUGUCUACUGCAAAUAAGUUCUUUAAUAUUUAAUCUUCACGUCAUAUACGCCAGAAAUUAAUAUUGGCGGAUUGAAUUGAGUUAAUAAAUGUUCCACCAUUGUCCAAGUAAAUGAUACGUGGUCUUCCACAACGUUAAGACAUGGUAUGAACGUUUCCGUUUCCAUAUUUGGUAAUAACUCUAAAUGCACAACUCUAGAAAGGCUACAUGCGAAAAUAGCCAAAUAUGCCUUUCCUUCCUUGUUGUGCCUUUCUUCUUAUAUCUGAUAGGACCAGCAAAAUCUGUACCGAUGACUUCAAAGGCCCCUCCAACCGUGGUGUGUUCUUCUGGUAGUUGACCUGGUACUGGUUUAGUGAUAGUUGACGCACGGAAUCUCUUGCACCCAUAACAGUUGCUACAAAUGACCUUGACUAAGCUUCGCAACCAAGGUACCCCCGUGGAACAUUUCACUGUGUACUCAUUGUACUAACUUCUCUGUAAACUUUGCACCUCUUGGAAGGAAUAUUGGAUAUUUUCCUUGAAUUCUCCCAUGACAUACCAGUAUAUUAUCUGCAUUAGUACGUAAUCCUAACUCUUCCACCACCCUCAGAUAGUGCGGUUCUUUCUGUACUCGUUGUUGGACACACCGAGUCCACCAAUCGCGUUCUCUGAUUACUUCUUCCAUUGUGAUUGGUCCUGACCUUUUGUCGUUAUUUCUGCAGUUGUGUAUGAACCUCUUGAUCCACACCCCAACACUACACACCCCAACUCUACAGGCUCGUCUUAAGUUUAGGCGUUCCAGUAAUCGAUCGAAUUCGUCGGCAUCAUCCUUGACAUUUACAACAUUUAAUAGUUCUUUUGUUGCUUUUGCUUCCAUCUCUGAAGAUGGUGAAGCUUUCGUCACCAGACUGUCUGGCCACUCACUCUUGUCUUGAAGCCAUUUUGCACCAUUCUCCCAAAGCACUUUCUGUUUAAUUUGACCACACCCCUGCUUGCCAGAUCAGCGGGAUUAUCACUUGUGGGCAACAUAUCUCCAAUGGAUCUCUUUGUGUAACUGUAUCCGUAUCCGUUAUACUGACCAUUCCCUUUAAGCCAAUGUAGGGCAACUGUACUGUCAAUCCACUAGAAUAGUUGUGGUGUUGGGAUAUUAUCAAGGGCGUUUUGUACAUUGAUAAGUAGGUUAGUAGCCAUGUGUGCGCCAACCACUUCAAACCUAUGUAUUGUUAAGUUUUUCUUGGCAAGACAACCUUUCGCUGCUACAAGUUGUUGAGUGGUUCCAGAAGGUUGACGAACCACUGAAUAAACAGCCGCUCCAACUCCUUUUAUAGAGGCGUCACUGAAUACAUGUAGCUCUACAGCUUUGAUUUCUUCCUGAUGACGAGUGAUUGAUCUUGGUACUGAAUAUGUUGUAAAUAGCGCUCAACAGUUUAGAAACGUUUUAACGUUUUAAUUGAUAACACUAUAUUGGGUUAGCUGUGUUCUUAUUAAUAACCGCGUUGUUUAUCGCGGGCUCAAGUUUUGUACGUUCGUGUUACGUUUCACGUUUGUGUGCUCAAGAUAUAAAUAUAAAGUUUAUAUUGUUUUCCGAAGAUUUAUAUUAAAAUUAUAAACUAAAUUGAACAGGUUAUGGGCCCAGACACUCUCUGAACUGCGUGUUAUUAAUCAAAGAAACUUCUGCUGGAUUUAAACGUUCAAAAUGGCUCAAGAAGACAAGUUAUUUAUCGACAAACUAGAGGGAGUUAAAAAUUGACAAGUAUGGAAAUAUCAAAUGCAGGUUAUAUGGGAAGCUAGAGAGUUGUGGGGUCACGUUGAUGGAAUGGCAACCAGCCCGGCUUUAUCAGAAAGCAGUUCAUCAAGUUCAUCAGCUCUCGAAAAAGGCUCAGAAGAACACCAAAGCUCUACUUGUUACGAGUAUAAAUUCGGAUCUUGUACAUCUCAAAUUUGGGACAAACUGAAGGAACGUUUUGAAAGAAACACUGUAGCAAACAAAUUGUUUUUGAAGCAGAAAUUCUUUUCUUUGAAAAUAAAAGAUUGUGAUUCCCUCGAUAAUCAUCUACGCCGCAUGAAAGAAAUUACUGACCAACUGGCAGCCAUCAAGGUGCCUAUUCCUGAAGAUGAACAUAUCGUAGCCCUGUAACUCAGCCUUCCACAAUCAUAUAACACUGUAACAACUGCACUGACUGCAAAAGGAGACGAGCUUAGCCUAACUCAAGUGCAUCAAGCACUCAUGAGUGAAGAAGAAAAACGUGGCUUACACAAGGGCAAAGAUGGUGGUGGUCGAGUCGACAAGGGUGAAACUGCCUUACGGCAUGAAAAGACAAGUUGAAAGCCUAUCAAGUGCUUUGGAUGCGGGGAAGAGAAUCAUGUGAUCAGAAAUUGUCUGAAAAGAAAGGGCAGCAUGAAAACCGAAAUAAACAGGGAAGUUCAUACAAACAUAAAGCAACUCCAGCAGAUGCUGAUGGGAAAAGGAACGAGGAUUCUGGGGGUAAUUUAUUCGUAGUAGGAUUGAUUGCAGCUGAAGGGAAUAGUUGUUGGAUAAUCGACUCCGGUGCUUCGCAGCACGUGACUACUAAUCGUGACUUAUUGGUAAAUUAUUGUGAAUUCCCUGAACCAGAACCUGUUGCUCUUGGCGAAGGUCGUUCUGUUAAUGCAUACGGAUAUGGACAAGUAGACAUCACUAUGAUACUUGGAAAUAAAGAGAAAGACCAACGGAAAUCAAUUCUAACAAAGGUACUCUAUGUUCCAAAAUUAGCUACAAAUCUUUUUAGUGCACGUGCAGCAGCAUCUAAAGGCAAGGUGGUGCAAUUUGGCCACACCCUCUGUUGGAUUAAGGAUUCGAAGGGACAAGUUGUAGCUCGUGGUCGACUUGUUGGGAACAUGUAUCAUCUUGAUUGCAAAGUUGACAAACAUGGAAACUGAGCAUCAAUUGCUAAUGAACCUGGUGCCAAACUGGAUCUAUGGCACCAAAGAAUGGCGCAUUUAAAUGCCGGUCACAUGAACAUCAUGGCUUCAAAGGAACUUAUUACAGGUACGGACAUACCCGGAACUGGCAAGUUAAGUUUUUGCGAGGCCUGUGCUGAAGGAAAGGCUCACCGAGCGCCAUUUAAGCCAGUGGGAGAAAUUAAGUCAACGAGAAGGUUCUGGUCCAUAGUGAUGUUGCCGGACCGAUGAAGACUGAAAGCUUUGGAGGUGUAAAGUACUUCGUCACCUUCAUCGAUGAUUACUCCAGAUGUGUCACUAGUGGUUUACCCAAUGAAGUAUAAGUCUGAAGUGUUGGAAAAAUUCAAGGAGUGGGAGGCAGCCGUGACAAACCAGGCAGAAUGCAAGAUUAAGACGCUUCGGACAGACAAUGAUGGUGAAUACACAUCCACCGAGUUCCAAGAUUUUCUAAAGAAGAAAGGAAUUGGCCAUGAGACUACAGUGCCACAUUCACCCCAGCAGAAUGGGGUAGCUGAGCGCAUGAACCGAACACUUCAAGAAGCAGCUCUCUAUGAUUCUGCAUGCUGGACUGUCCAAAGCUUUCUGGGCAGAAGCAGUUUGCAAUGCGGCCUAUGUAAGAAAUCGAGUCAUCACGACUGCGAUUUGUCGGCUACAGGCUAUAUGAUGAAAAUCGACAAAGAAUCUUCAUUCACAGAGAUAUAACCUUUAAUGAAACAGACUUUGGGUCUACAAAAGUUCAAAUGCAACGAAGGCAGUACUGAAUGCGCUGAAGAAGAAAUGGAAUUAAAGGGCAAAGAUGUGAUAACCGUGGAUGAACAGCAAGAUCUCCCAACGGAUCCUCGACGCUCAGGACGAGAGAAAAUCCACCAAUGUACUACCACGACGAGUAUGCUACAAUCACUACAGCGAAAUAUGCAGCACUUUAUGUAGCUGAAAUCGAAGAGCCAGAAACGUUAAAGGACGCUCUUGACAGUGAAUAUGCAACACAGUGGAAAGCAGCUGCAGAUGCUGAAUACCAGUCUUUGUUAGAGAAUGAGACUUGGGAGUUAGUUGAACUGCCAGCUGGACGUAAGCCUAUCAGUUGCAAGUGGGUUUUCAAAGUCAAGCACGAUGAGACAGGAAAGGUAGAAAGAUUUAAAGGUCGUCUGGUGGCUAAAGGUUUCCUGCAAAAAUACGGAAUUGACUAUGAUGAAACAUUCUCUCCGGUGGUUCGUUUUUCGUCAAUCCCUGCUCUUCUGGCUUUUGGUGUUUCUCGACAAAUGUUCAUCCAUCAAAUGGAUGUAGUAACAGCAUUCCUAAACGGUACUUUGGACGAGGAAAUAUAUAUGCAACAGCCCAAAGGCUAUGUAGAACCAGGAAAAGAAGGGCUAGUGUAUCACCUCAAGAAAUUGCUUUAUGGCGUGAAGCAAAGCCCGUGCUGUUGGAAUAACAUCUUCAAAGAAUUUAUGUUAUCACUGGGAUUUGUUCAGAGUGUUGCAGAUCCAUGUGUAUUCAUUCGUGUCCUCAAGGAUAAGCUGACGAUUGUUACUGUUCAUGUUGAUGACCUGAUGCUUUUAACGGAUACUGAAGAAGAGAUGAUCGAUCUCAAGACCGGUCUGGCAGACCACUUCAAGAUUAAGGAUAUGGGUGUACUCCACUACUGUCUAGGAGUUAGUGUUACUAUAAAGGACGGUGUAUUGCAAAUCAGUCAAGAACAGUACAUUGGUAAGAUUAUGCGAAAGUACAAAUUACAAGAUUGCAAAACGGUAUCAACGCCAAUAGAUCUUAACGUAAAACUAGUUAAGGACGAUGGAUAUAGCAAACCAGUGGAUGUCGUUCAGUACCAGUCGAUGGUAGGGAGUUUGAUAUACGCGGCGAUAGCUACUCGUCCAGACAUAGCCUACGCAGUGGCAGCAUUGGCUAAAUUCAACUCAUCACCGACCGAGGCACAUCUAACAGCGGUCAAGCGUGUUUUUCGGUAUUUGAAAGGAACUGCUCAGCUAUGCCUGCAGUACCAAGAAACUGAUCCUAAUGUAGAGGGAUACUCUGACACAGAUUGGGCAUCUGACUCAGAUGAUCGACAAUCAACGUCCGGAAACGUAUUUGUGAUGUCGGGUGGUGCAAUCAGUUGGACUAGCAAGAAACAGCCAACGGUGGCCUCUUUCAAUGUCGGAAUCAGAAUGCAUUGCACUAUGUUUUGCAACCCAAGAAGCAGUAUGGCUGCGACAACUGAUGAAAGAUCUACAGGUGGAUUGUACCACAGCGACGACCAUAUAUGAAGAUAAUCAAGGUGCUAUCGCGAUGUCAAGGAACCCAGUGCUACACAAGCGGACGAAGCACAUUGAUAUCAAAUAUCAUUUCGUUCGGGAGAAAACUCAAGAUGAGACAAUUGAGUUGAAGUACUGUCCAACCAAUGAAAUGGUAGCGGAUAUCUUGUUUCAUGUUUGAUAUCAUCUACAUUUCAUGUUUUUUCAUGUUUGUGUGCUCGAGAUGUAAAUAUAAAGUUUAUAUUGUUUUCCAAAGAUUUAUAUUAAAAUUAUAAUCUAAAUUAUUGAACAGAAUAUUCCCCAAGCGUUUCUUCUUCCCAUUUUUUCCAACGUUGUUGAAGGUUCUCGUCUAACAAGGCAUCUCACGCCUUUUGAGAUUCACAGACUUCUCGGUAGAUUUGUUUACCUUCGAGUGUCACUGGUUCGAUAAGUCCUUCGAUUCCAAGAAUUGAGGAACUUGGCCCCUAGCAGUGGUUACUAAAACAUUCGUUGGUAAAGACGGAGUUAUUCGAGGCAUUAACUGGAAAGGGAACAAUAGAAAGGCCAGUUCAAUUGUUUUAUCCACUUGAGUUAGCUUGUGAUGCCAAGAGCAACAAGGUUUUGACCCAAGCAAGCCGCAGCAGCUAGACGAGAGAUAGAAGAAGAAGACGAGAUAUAAACACUUAACAUUAAUCAUUAACGAGAGCAGUGGAUUCUUAUUAACGUUGACAUUUAUUAGCUAUUAGUAAUAUUAAGGUUAUACCGAACUUUAUUAGAUCAUAGAACAAUGGACAGUUAUAUAACAUAUCCAUCUAGUCUAAAAUGCAUAUGGGGGGGAGUGUGUUGGAAACACUUGCAUGGAAACACCCACCCUAAAAUCGGGUUGGGGAAUUUUUGGUGGGAGCACAUGGGUCGUUGUUGUGAGGAGUCGAAGCGAGUGACUCGGUAUCGGGAUUAAUAUGGGAUUUAUUUUAUAUUAAACUUUACAGUAUUAUUUUUCUGGGAAAUUAUUCAGAGAGACUGUUGGGAGUAAUUUCACGAUUUCCCAUAGCAAAUUAAUUUUUCUCAUUUCCCCAAACAAAAAUUGCUUCAAAAAGCUCAUUGUAUGAAACCAUUUUCUGAAUAUAUGUUUUUCAAAAUUGAAAUCCUGCUUACCCCACUCCUGGCAAACAGCUAUAUUUUUGAGAUCAGUGAGGAUGUCCAUUUAUCACACCCAUGAACCAUAGUCAUGCGCCCCGGUUAUUGAUGAACUUUAGACUUCGCUAAUACGCUUUUCUUUCCCCAGGUGUAAAUUGCCUGGCAGAAUUCACACCCUUGCCACAGGCACAGAAUAUCUACUAGACCAGGAGGGACACUCCAAUGUGUUUUGGCUUGGGAAAAUCGUCCGAAAUUUUUUAUGUGCUAUGAUGGCAUCCUAUGAUGGCAUAUUUUCACGUCAGCACUCGUAAAAUUUCGGACGAAAUAUCGUUUGAGUGACACUUCUGGUCUAGUAUCUAUUCUGUGCCACAGGCUCAAGGCAUGAAUUGUGAAAGCUAAAAGACUAGCUACCAUCGCGUGCGAAAAUAUUGAGACUUUCGAUAUUCCAUUCUACUUCUGUGAUUACUCCCCCCCCCCCCAACACAUUCAAUGUUGAAGAAAAAAUUUGACCUGACAAUAUACCUUUGUAUCAUUUGUCCAACAUUGUCUAUGGGGGGAAGGGGGCAAUGACGAAGUUCUCUCAAUAAUUUUUGCACAGGAUUGUAGGGUCUUGAAUUUACCAAUAUUUACCCUAACAUGUGAAUGUUCACGUUUAAAACUCGGCCCAAAUUUAAUAUUAAGGUUAAAGAAUGGAUAAAUUUGCUUCCCGCGUUGCGUUGUCUUUCUUGAGCUUUCUUCGUUUCAUCCUAAGAUGCUCGUAAUGUUAACAUUGAGUUCUGCUGUCUAGUAAAUCGUUAAAUGGUUUCAGAAUUUGUUAUGCUUCUGUGUUUUUAAAAAUCUUGAAAAUGAAAUUUUGUUUUUCGUGACUAAAAAUCUAAAAAUGAUCUUUGUGAUUUUGGUAUGCCCCCCCCUCGCCCCCCCCUAAAUAUACAUGCUGCAUUGCAGAAUCGUGUCGUACAAAUGCGGAUUUUGAUUGGACAAUUUGAGUUUGAGUUAUAAUGUAACUACUUAGCCUGCUUCAAUUGGUCAAAUUUACCAGGACUGUGGGUAAAAAUUCAAUUUCUUUGUAAACAAAUCAUGAGAUUACUCUUUUGUAUUUCAGAUCGUUCAUGGAGGAAAAACCAUGCAUGUAAUUGAUGGAAUCAACACUGAGAGAAGCAACUGGAUACGAUAUGUCAAUUGCGCACAAUGUGAAAAUGAACAGAACUGCACUGCUUAUCAAUAUGAAGGAGAAAUUUAUUAUUGAGUGUAUAAGGAAAUAGAAGCUGGUUCCGAAUUAUUAGUUUGGUAUGGUGAUGAAUAUGGCGAGGAACUGGUACUUUUGAUGCUACCGCCGAAUCAGGUGGACGGUGAUGGGGAUCAGGUGGAGAUUGGUGAGAAAGGUACAUACAAUAGAACAUUUUAAAUAUGUGAUAAACAAGUAACAAAAUUUCAAAUCAAGCAUUAAUUAAUCUCAACUAGUUUGUUUAUGCGUAAAGAGAGCCCUGAAACAAAAAAUAGGAAUUGGUUUGUGGUCGGUUAUCACCCAGUUUUAAGUGCUCUCUACGGAAUAUUUAGGGAGUUACAACACAUGUUUGUCUGAUAGCUUUUUAAGCGUGAUGCCAGAACCACCUAUAAGUUUCCAUAGAUGUAAAAAUCUUAAGGAUCAUCUAGUUUGAUCAAAGCUGUCUAAGGAAAAAGAUGCAGUCGUGGGUAUGUUUAAGUGUGGAAGUAGAAAAUGUAAAGUUUGUGAUGUUUUGGUUGGCUCAUCUUUUUUUGAGAGUCAUGUUGAGGGUAGAAAAUUCCACAUUAAUCAUCGCUUUGACUGCAAGGCAUGUAAGAUGCAAUAUGUGGGCUGUAAUAUUACUUGUGUUUAAGUGUGGAAGUAGAAAAUGUAAAGUUUGUGAUGUUUUGGUUGGCUCAUCUUUUUUUGAGAGUCAUGUUGAGGGUAGAAAAUUCCACAUUAAUCAUCGCUUUGACUGUUAAGGCAUGUAAGAUGCAAUAUGUGGGCUGUAAUAUUACUUGUAAGUCAUUUAGAUUGAGAUUUAACAAUCAUAAAAGCUCUCUAAAUAGGUAUGGGCAAGGUAUAAGAAAUAUUAGUGGUCAGCACUUGUAUGAGCAUUUUUUCAGGGAGGGGCAUUCGGGUUUAAGUGACUUUAGGGUUCAAAUUAUUGAUAGUACUGAUGUUAUUAACCCUGCAGAAAAGGAAAGUUAUUGGAUAGAGAGAAUCAAUUGUUAUUGUCCAUUGGGAUUAAACAUGAGGGAGGAAAGUAAUUAUUACUAGUUUAAUUUAUGUAAAUUUUAAGUAUAGAGGACUAUAAAAACUGUGGACAAGGCUUUGUAAGGUAAUUUGAUCAUGGUGGUUAUUUAUCUGUCUAAGGAUCCCAAUGUAUAAAUGCUAAUCAUCUUAAGUUAUCUAAUUCAUUUUCAUUCAUCUUGCAUGUUUGUUUUUACAUGUGUAUACGGUAAAAUAAAACCUCAUUGUUUUUUCAGCCCACUAUGAAUUGAACAGCAUGAUCAAGCUACUACAUGUAUUUAUACGUGGGCUGAAAAGGAUAGGCUAUGGCAGUGUGGGUGUAUCAGUCUAUUGUUUAGAGAAAGGUAAAAAUUUUUGUCUUCACAAGUUUCAUCAAUAGUAAUAUCACGUUUUGAGUAUGGACAUUUAAUUUCUCCAAGUCCGAUAGAUGGGCUGGGCUCACUAGCAUCAUGCGCAACAACAAAACUGCAUAACGAGCAGACAUUCACACAGUUUUGUUUAUGUGAAAUAUACUGUUUCAAUGCUUCAGUUUCAUUGGACAUGAUGAUGACUUUGUACUAUUUGUUUAAAUAGUGUAUUAAGUAUUGAUUUUGGAUUUUGUUCUCUCCUUUUUAUCACCAUUCCAAAAUUUGAUGCAGUGACACAGUGCUUUCUUUCAUUCCACCACCUAUCUCAAGAGGCCUGUCUGUGUGUGUUUCUUUCUAUUUCCAGAAACUGGUCAUGGGUUUAGAAGUAACACUUGUGCUCUAAAUGCUUCAGUGUUUCAUCUCGAACAUGACCAUCAUUUAGGUUGCAUGGAGCUUGUUCAAUGCAACAUGAGAAUCCCCACGAUGUGUGAAAGGAUUAGCAUUUCAGGUGUUGGUAACCAUAGUGUUGUGUCAAAGUUAAUGAAUUGAUGACACAAAUUAAUUAUCGAACCUUGGUACUUAUUUGUAAUAGUAUCCUUGAAACAAAACUUUGUUUGAUAUUAACUAAUGAAUUAGGUUCUUUAAUAUCUCUACUUCAUAUUACACACUGCAAUUGUUGUUGUCAUAUAAAACCAAAAAUUGUGUGCCAAAUUUGAAUAUUGCAUGCCAACACAGCAUUCGAGGUGCAUCAAUGGACGAUGUUUAAGCAAGUGGUUUGCCCACAACGUAGAUGAUAAGAAAAAUUGGAGCACAUACAACAAGUCGCUUCUUAGUAAAACAUUCAAGUGUUUUCCAUCAGUGGUUAAACAGGUCAAACUUUGGAGACUUGCGAGACGACGAAGGUCACCAAUUAUUGCGUUGCCAUUUCUUUGCCAGACAUUAUGUAAUUCUCAACACUUGGGGCAACUAAGGCAUUAGAAUCAGUGCUAUCAGAGCAAAGUUUGCAGUGGCGUUUGGGGUUAGCUGUUGCCCCUAUCAAGCCAAGUUUAUAUUUGCUGAUGCAGCAAGCGAGCCUGAAGCGAGGGAGCAAGUCAGCAGUUCUAAUUCGUAUUGGGUUCUGAAAGUAAGAUUUUACUUCCGUUUCUCCGACCAGAAUGCACUGCUGUUAACCGACCAGAAUGCAUUGCAUGCAUGAUGCUAUAAAUACGGGGAAUUUCAUUAGUCAGUUUAUAUAUAAGCUGGUAACGAUGCAGUUCUUUUGGUGUAUUUUGUAUUCAUUGUCUGGUCUGUUGAUUUCUGGCGGGUCUUACACUAUAUGUACUGAAUUUGUUUAUUACAAACAAUUUAUAAUGCUUCGAAAGCAAAUUUAUGCGUUGGUGCUCUUCGCCUUAUUUUCUUUUGUCUUUUCUUAUUUCAUUUAGCACUUAGGUCUUAGUCUUGGCAGUAAAAUCAACAUUGUACUUCAAGCAUUAAAAGCGAACCAAUUUCAUCUCGAUUUUUGUCCAUCAGUUUCACUUUGCUAUCAUUUAAACUGGGUUUAGUUUGUAGACCUUUUGUUUGAAUAUGAUUUGACUAUAAGGUAAUUCACACGGAGACAUGGCAUCAACAGUCCAGCAACUGCCAACUAUUGUCUAUGUUUAUAUUAUAGCAUGGUGUUUUAAAAGAACAAUGCUUUGCGUGCUGUUUCAUGGGUUAAUUAAAUGUGCUUUGGCUACCAAAAAGCAUACUGCUAUACUGUAUACACAACAUCAUUUAAUUUAUGCAUGUGCUUUGUUUAAGCAUGCAACGCAACCAGGAGCAAGUCUGCAAGUCAGUAGACUAAGUAUGUGCAUUGAAUAUUUUUUAUAAUUGAUCAUGCUUUUGUAAUGUUAGGCAUGUGUCAAAGCAUUAAAAACAAUGUCCUCAACUCUACAGGGUGUAUAAAAAAACCCUGCAAACUUUUGACAUAUACAGUGUGUCCCCCAAAAAAGUACCCUCUAUAGAAAUUAUCCUAUUGUUAUAAUUUGAAUGCCUGAGCACUAUGGCUAUGCUGAACACAAGAAUGCGUAAACACAAUUGAAUUGAAUUUUUAAUUACCAGUCUCAUGAAAUCCUGUGCUUAACAACAAUAGGAUAAUUUUUGGGGGGACACCCUGUAGUACAAUGUUUCUGGAAUUUGCAUGAUUCAGAACUAAUUGAUCCCAAGCCAAGGGAGCACAGCAGUAUUGUUUUCGAGACUUUCGUACCUGUAUAUGGCUGUAAAAUCUGUGAAUAGGUAGUCUGUCUUCUUUGGUUUGCUAAUUUGCAUAUAAACACUAAAACACUGCAUUUAAAUACUUUUAAAUACCAUAACUUUCGCCAUAACCUCGCCAAAACUUUCGUAAUAUUUUCGCCCUUCCACGCACCUUCUUUGCAGGCUAUUUUCACAUGGUCUUCCGCUGACAUAUUGUAUCGCAUGUAACGGUUUUGUAAUAGAGGGGAGUGAAACUUCAAACAAAUCCGCUAAAAUCUUUCGACAGACUCUGUAGCAAAUUGCUAGGCACAGUAACCGUUGCUAGGCACAGGCCACUUCUGUAUAUUAUCAUGGAAUUAUUCAAACUGGGCUUCAGUUCACAUAUUAACACGUGAGUUGCUCAUGAUCCAAAUGUGAUUGAUCCAAAUAUAUGUAUCAUAUUUCAGUGAUUGUUAUACCAAACAAUGGGGGGCAAAUUUCGUCAUGUUUUGUUAUAUUUUGCAUUGAUUUAUAACUUUAAAGCCAUUUUUAAAUAUGAUAAUGCGAAAUUAUCAAAGCAAAAAGCAGCAUAUGAUUGAAAUUCGACGUAUAAAACGGGCAUAAUAUAAAUAAUGACAAAAUCCGUUUAUAUUUAUAGAAUUAAAACCACUUUCGAAUAUGCUAUGGGUAAUAUUCUCGAAGUAGAAGCAGCUUAUAAUGCAUUUAAACAUGAGUCAGAGUUAAAACGUUUGCGAAUUGUGAACAAGUCAGUUUUUGGUAGGCUUUUACAGUCGACUAUAUCUGAUUGUAACGAGCUUCUGUGUUAGAUAAAAUAGACGAUAUGAGUUUGUGACUUCCCUUCGAUCCGGUGCCAAUACCAGCGAACGAAUGAAUUGUUGUACCUCCAAUAUUCACUGCAGCAAUCCCUGUAGAUGCGGUAACAAAAUAUUCUAUAUUUUUUUGCCUCAAUCGCUCUAUCAUUUGCCUUAAAAGAAAUGACUUUCCACAUUCUCCUUUGCCAGAUAUAAAAAUACUGUAACCCUCACUGACUAGUCUACUCACUUUGAGCUGAUUGCUACUUAAUUUUGCCGCCAUAUUAAAGCCAUAUCAUUUCAUAGAAAAUAUAAAAUUAAAUCUAUAAACUAUAACCACAGAGCUGCUAUAACCAUAGAUCAAGGGAGAUCCAUUGAUCACUACAACAACAAGCUUUUCGUUUUCAGGCUCCAGCAUAUGAGCCAAAUCUCCCACCCCCUGGUUUUGCUACAAACCUUGGAGAAAGCGGUUCUCAAAUCCUGAAAUGCUAUUGGUUAAUAUUGAUCACGUGCCCACAGUUUUCGCGCGUAUUUACAAAACCGUUACAGCAAUAUAAUGUACAGCGGAUGACCAUGUAAAAAUAUACGGCGACAAUAUUUAUACGAAAAUAUAACGAAAUUGUUGGCUUGUUUAUGAAUUUAAAAACAGUGUUUUAGUGUUUAUAUGAAAAUUAGCAAACCAAAGAAGACAAGGACUACCUAUUCACAGAUUUUACAGCCAUAUACAGGUACGAAAGUCUCGAAAACAAUACUGCUGUGCUCCCUUGCCCAAGCGUGCGUAAACACAAUAGUUGACCCAUUCGCAGUCGAACUGAUAAUUAGUUUUCUGCUUUACAAAUAAUUUUGUGUUAUUCUAAUCUCUAUCAACGGGGUUAAAUAGAAUGUAUUUUCAAAUCCCAGGAGAAAAAUAAGUAGCACCGACAUUGAAAUGCUAGUAGGCAGCAGAAUUAUGCAAAUUAUAGUGUUUGCAGGUUUUUGAUACACCCUGUGGGCUGUAGCUUUCGAAGUAAUGUGACUUUAAUUUGACGUCCUUGGAUGCAAGUUUUGCUCCAUGACCAUGUUGUUCGGUAUUCACUUCUUAAUUAAACAACUUCUUUACUUCAGUAAAAUCAAAAGAAAGGCAGUUUGGCGAAGAAGUAUAUUCAAGCGAAGUAAAAUAUCAGCUAAGCACUUUACUUCACUUUUUCUUUAGCCUGGUUCGCAUAUGCCUGUGCUAUCAGACCCUAUCAUUGUUCACACCUUUUCAGAGCAGUUGUUGAUGCAAUUGUUUUGUGAAUUAUUUGCUUGAACUACUAUAAUGACAAUACUCAAUAGCCCGCCGACAUAGCACGGGUGUAAGUAGGUAUAUGUGAACCAGGCUUUUAUGUUUAAGCCAUUUAAAAGUCUGUGCUUUAUCAGAUAAAACGCUCAAGCUGCCACUCUUGUGUUUUAUAUCUGAUGAAGCACUCCUGGUCGCGUUUUAAAUAGAACAUAACACACAGUCCGCACUCACUGUACAGUUGUGGUCUUGUGAUAGUUUAAAGUAAUGUUUGUGGUCUUUAAUCGUGAUCGUUGUCAGUGUGUAAUUAAAAAUCUGUGUGCUCUUAAAAUAAUUAUUGGCUGAUAUUGUGGUCUAGUGAAAAGGUUCCCAAAAUUGGUACAUGUUUCCAUACUAUUGUCAUUCUGAUGUCACAUAUAUUAGAGUAAUGGUAGAAUAGAAAGAUUAAAAAAAUCAUUUAUGGUUAGAUUCUCAUGUUUCGCACACAAUAAAGCUAGGGUUAGAAAUAAGGAUUUAUUCAUAUUUACAAUAAUGACUUUACAACGAUUAAGAUAAUGUUGAGCUUACAGUUACGAUGGGUUAGGAGCUUACGAGAUUGUAUUUAAACUAGGGUAAGUUGUUAAUGUGGAAAGGUGAGGCCGUUUUUUAUAUAUUGUCAAAUUAAGGAGCAAGUCAGCAUACUACUGAUAAGUAUACUAGUAUAAAGUCUAAUUUGACUGAGACCUUUGUGUUCAGAAAGAUGCAGUCAUCUUUUGCUGACAGGUUAAGAAGAUGCAGUCAUCUUUGCUUAAUCAGUUGAACCUAAAUAUUUAUAAUGAAACACACAUCCUAUUAUGCAUGAAUCAUUGUAUAUGAUAUUGUGGUUGCAGCUAUAUACAUGCAGUUGGUCUCUAUUAUCAUAGUUAUCAGUAAUUCAACAAGCCUUGUUAAUUAUUUCUGCGCAAAUUGCAGUGAGUUAGAAUCCGGCCAACCAAAUAUGUACAAUGUAUAAGAGACGGCAAACAGUGUUAGAAAUCUUUUUGUUUCAAAAUCAGUGUGCAAACGCCAAAACUAUAGUGCAAAUUUGUGUUUAUAUUAUAAAGUCUAAUUUAGCAGAGACUCUUGUGUUGAGAAAGAUGCAGUCAUCUUUGCUUAAUCAGUUGAACCUAAAUUUUUAUAAUGAAACACACAUCCUAUUAUGCAUGAAUCAUUGUAUAUGAUAUUGCGGUUGCAGCUAUAUACAUGCAGUAGGUCUCUAUUAUCAUAGUUAUCAGUAAUUCAACAAGCCUUAUUAAUUAUUUCUGCACAAAUUGCAGUGAGUUAGAAUCCGGCCAACCAAAUAUAUACAAUGUAUAAGAGAUGGCAAACAGUGCAAGAAAUCUUUUUGUUUUAAAAUCAGUGUGCAAGCGCCAAAGCUAUAGUGCAAAUUUGUGUUUAUAUUAUAAAGUCUAAUGUGGUGGACACUCUUGUGUUCAGAAAGGUACAGUCAUCUUUGUUUAAUCAUGUUUUAUAAUAAAACACACAUCCUAUUAUGCAUGAAUCAUUAUAUGAUAUUGCGGUUGCAGUUCUAUACAGUAGGUCUUUAUUAUCAUUAUAAUUCAACAAACUUUAUUUCCGCGCGAAUUGUUGAACCAUAUAUAUAUAUAUAUAUAUAUAUAUAUAUAUAUAUAUAUAUCAAGAGACCGCAAAUGGAACACAAAAUCUUUUUGUUUUAAAAUCAGUGUGCAAACGCCAAAGCUAGCACAAAUUUGUGUUUAUAUUAAUAUAAAGACCAAUUUAGCAGAAACUCUUGUGUUUAGAUCCAGUCAUCUUUUGCUGACAUGUUAAGAAGCUGUAGUCAUCUUUGCUUAAUCAGUUGAACCUAAGUCUUUAUAAUAUAAACACAGUUUGAUCAGCCUUGAAUGGGUCUUUUUAAAACAAUGUCAUAGUAAAUAUAUCGUCACACUCACACAACUGAAGUAACUCAUUUCUUAAUAUUAAACGAACACCACAUGCUAACUUUCAAUUAUGUCCUGUGAAUACAAUCAGAUUGACGACAGUUUUUCAAUUAAUUUAAUCUAAUUUAGGUCUAAUUGCAUCCGGAGAUACACACAAAUUUUGUGCAACCAACACCAUUUUUCGGCUGUGGUUUUUUUUAAGGAAGCAUACUGUGAGUUUCUUCGAACAAAACUGGUUGGUAAUUGUUAGACUGUAAAACAGUACUUAAGAGCGGUUGUCUGUAAUAGUCAGGUAAGACGUGUAAAAUGAAAAAAUUUAAAAUCUUUCAAACUUUGUCAGAAUGUAGGCCUAUAUGAAGUAUUAAUGUUGUGAAAGUUUUAUUUCGAUCGGAUAAAUAUUGAAGGAGAGAGACGUCGAAAUUGGUUUUCCCAGGCCACUUUCGAUUUUUAGAGGUCAUUUUACGGCACUACCAAAAUCGCUCUAUUUUGCGUGUUAAUGGGAAUAUUUCACAAAACAUGAUUUCGUUUUAGAAAUUAGAGAUAUUUAUUGAUUAGCAGACGAAAUUUAGAGACAUUUCUGUAAAAAGUGAAUAGUUUACAGAUUUUCUUAAUGUUUUUUUUAUUUUCGAACCUCUUUAUUAUAUGCCAUAUUAGGCAGCGAAUAUCUCCAUUGUUACAUCGAUUCAGACAAAAAAUUCAUAACCAGAUCAACGAAAUAUGUUUUCCCUUGCUAUUAAUCAAAUAAAAUUUUUGGGCAACUUAGAAUUGAAUUUUUGACGAAUUUUUUCGUAACCCCUAUUUGACCCGAAUAACCGUAUGUUAUGUAAUCAACGUCGAGUCAUGUAGUUCUAUAAAUAACCAAAGAGCUCGUCAAAAGCGUUUACUUCUUCGAGUAAACAAGCCUAUGCCUAUAAAACUACCUUAGCUAAUGUUGUACGAUUGGCAGAAAGCAUUUACGUCUAAAUCACACUGUUUGCAGUCGCUUAUUGUUCAGGUAAUGCCUGUAAUAUAUUGUAUAGCCGGCGCCGCUGAUUUGGCGGUUUGGUUUUAAUUAUAUUUUAUCGGGAAUAUGCCGCGAUAAGUAUAGCAAGCUAAGUGUAUUCUCUCUCCCCUUCCCAUAAACAUUUGUUCUUUUACGACUCGUCGUGCUUAUAACUGUUCGAACAUAAAUAGUGCACGCGCGUUUUGUCAAAAACAUCUGUCAGUUUACGUUGAAAUUGUAAUUCGUUUACUUACAGUAAUUAAUUUAAUUAAUAUUAAAGCUGGAUUCUUUCACCGUGAUGUCAUGCCAAAAAGAGUUUUCUAUUUUUAAAAAAGACCCUCUGUUCAUUUAUGAUUUGGUAAUAUUUACUACAGUUGUAUGUCUUGUAUAUUUGAUUAUUUUGUUGUUGCUCAAUAACUUUAGUCAAACUUCAGACCAAACUUCUACGCACUGUUACUUAUUUAGUAGUUUUAACUGGCCAUCACUUCAGUUUAAAACAGCAAGAAGAUAAAGACAACAUGUACGUGUGAGUUAUCCAUGAAAUAAAUAGUUGGCUUACAAAAUGAAUUCCGUCUUCGUGGAUAAAAUUAAUGAAUUAUAAAUAAUCUCUCCUGUAUGUGUUAAGCUACAGUACAUGUAGGGAUUUCCCCCGGUAUAUUUCUUCUCUUUUGUAUGGCUGUUUGUGGUUACGCGUUAUCUGACAUAUACUUUUGGUCCAAUUUCAAUUACAGUUAUCCAACCAUUUCUGGAUGAUACAUGUAGAACACUCAGGCAGUUCUCAGGCCAAAAAAGUCAACUUGAAAGGGGCCCCAACUUUCUCAGAGGGGGCCCUGGAAUGCUGGAAUUGCGCAACAUGUUCUGAAAUUGAGAUCAAAAAAGGUCUGAAAAGUAUUUUGAACCCCCCAUUAUUGCAAAAAUAAUUUUUGGAACGUCGCCCCAACCGUCGCCCCAACCAAACCCCUGCUCCCACCCUUUACAUUUUACUGUAACAUUUUUGCUUACCAGAAAACAUUUUGGGGGGGCCCCGUAAAAGGAAGGGGGCCGAAAUUUUUAAGGUCAAUAUCCACACCCCUCCCCCCCCAACCAGAUAUCGCUUGGCACGUCCUGGCAGUAAUACUCUAUUUGUAACAGGGAUAUUUCAAAAUGCUGAUAAGGAACUCAGUCUAAUUAUAUAAAUUAAUUUUGCGAUAAUGGGCGUGGGGGGGGGGGAGGGGGUUCAAAAUACUUUUCAGACUUUUUUCGACCUCAAUUUUUAGAAUAUUCCUUAAUAUUUAACACGUUGCACAAUUCCACCAUUCCGGGCCACCCUCUGGGAAAGUUGGCCUGCCUUUCUUGACUUUUCUUUGCCCCUGAGUACUGCCUGUUGUAAAUGCAUCAUCCAGAAAUGGUUGGAUAAAUUUAAUUGAAAUUGGAUCAAAAGUAUAUGUCAGAUAGAAAAUAAUGAACUAAUCGGCUCGUGCAGGUGGAAGACAAGACUCUGUUCUCAAACUUGAAUCUAAGCAAACGUCGUGCGACCUCAGGUGUGCCUUGAUUUCUGUUAUUACAAUCAUUCGAAGAACGCAUUCUGAAUCGGCUGGAUUAGAGUUGCUGACACCACAUGACCACUCAGUGACAACUGACAAGAGACGAAUAAUCACAAACAGCCAUACAGAAGAGAAGGGAUAUACUGGGGGAAAUCCCUAUACAUGCAAGAUUGCAAGUAACAUUUAACACAUACAGGAGAGAUUAUUUAUAACUCAUUUUUAUCCACAAAGACGGAAUUCAUUUUGUAAACCAACUAUUUAUUUCAUGGAUAACUCACCCGUACACGUUGUCUUUAUCUUCUUGCUGUUUUAAAAGUGAUGGGCAGUUAAUUAAACUACUAAAUAAGCAACAGCGUAGAAGUUUGGUCUCAGAAGUUUGACUGUUUUCUCAGAACAAAUUCAAACUUAUUGAGCACUAACAAAAUAAUCAAAUAUACAACUGUAAUUAAUAUUACCAAAUUACAAAUCAAUAUAUAGAGCCGGGAUCUUUUUUAAAGGACAUUUUAACAAAUGGAAAAGACGCCUUUUGGCAUGACAUCACGGUGAAAGAAUCCAGCUUUAAUAUUAAUUAAAUUAAAACUCUUUGCGAGGUCGUCACCGAGAGGUUGACGCGGCUAGAAAUUUCAUAUCUUCGGAUCAGUACAUGCUAUGCCUAUGAAGACAGAAAUACCACCAUUCGAUUCAGAAAUAAAAGAUCAACUAAUUCCAAACGAUAGUUAUAGUCAUUAUUAACAUUGUAGCGAUUUAUGGGAGUUUGAAAGUCAAAUGCGAUCGUAUACUAUCAAAUUACUUCGAGCCUCGAGCUCACAGCCGGACAAGAAAUGGAAAUACCGUGAUAAAAGAUGCAAAUUUGAAGAUACAGGCUUGCAAAUAACACUCUAAAUAGUGUUUUUGAUGGGGAUUCGAACAAGGCUAUUACAAAGACGAUAUGUUUGAAGGGGUCGAAGUUAUUUUCGGCGAAAGGUAUGGCUAGUCUAUAUUUUUGUUCAGACAAUCGCGUGAGCUACCCAACCGGAAAUACGACUAAAAAAACAUCAAAACAAUGCGACGUUUGCAUCGUAUGACCUUGCAAAUGGCCUAUGUUUUUUUACAAAAAGCGUGUGCACUAUUUAUGUGAGAACACGAGUUUAUGGGAGGGGGAGAGAAAAUAUACUCGCUAUACUUAUCGCGGCAUAUCCCUGAUAAAAUAUAAUUGAAACCAAAUCUGCCAAAUCAGCGGCACCGGCUAUCGAGUAUCGCAUUAGCUGAACAAUAAGCGACUGUAAACAGUGUGAUUUAGACCUAAAUGCUUUCAGCCAAUCGUACAGCUUUAGCUAAGGUAGUUUUAUAGGCCUAGGCUUGUUUACUCGAAGAAAUAAACGCUUUUGACGAGCUCUUUGGUUAUUUAUUGAACUACAUGACUCGACGCUGAUUAUAUUAACAUACGGUUAUUCCGGUCAAAUAGGGGUUACGAAAAAAUUCGUUAAAAAUUCAAUUCUAAGUUGCCCAAAAAUUUUAUUUGAUCAAUAGCAAGGGAAAACAUAUUUCUUUGAUCUGGUUAUGAAUUUUUUGUCUGAAUCGAUGUAACAAUGGAGAUAUUCGCUGCCUAAUAUGGCAUAUAAUAAAGAGGUUCGAAAAUAAAAAACAUUAAGAAAAUCUGUAAAAUAUUCACUUUUUACAGAAAUGUCUCUAAAUUUCGUCUGCUAAUCAAUAAAUAUCUCUAAUUUAUAAAACGAAAUCAUGUUUUGUGAAAUAUUCCCAUUAACGCGCAAAAUAGAGCGAUUUUGGUAGUGCCGUAAAAUGACCUCUAAAAAUCGAAAGUGGCCUGGGAAAACCAAUUUCGACGUCUCUCUCCUUCAAUAUUUAUCCGAUCGAAAUAAAACUUUCACAACAUUAAUACUUCAUAUAGGCCUAUAUUCUGACAAAGUUUGAACGAGUUUGAAUUUUCUCAUUUUACACGUCUUACCUGACUAUUACAGACAACCGCUCUUAAGUAUUCAGCCUUUCCUUUGCAUUGCAAACAAUUGACAAACGUUUUGAUGUCAUUCUGGGACACAGCUUGGUUAGGUGGUGUUGGGUUGAAGUCAACAUUUCUCUCAUUUCUAUGUUUUCGCUUUGAAUCUUUAAGAUAGGAUGAUUUUUUAAAUACUAUAUCUUCAAAAAGGACAGUGCCAUCAUAUGCUUGCCCACUGGGAAUAUUCCAUUGUUGCAAGACCCGGGUACAUGUAAAAAAAUCAGGGACUUCUAAUAGUUCUAAUUGUACAUAGUCAAUAAUUUGAUAUAGCAUAGCAGCAACAUGUUUACAUCGGCCUCCCUUUCCUGCCUUACAUGAACAACAUCUCCGUAACUUGGUUUAGGUGCACAUAAACUCAACUUCUUCAUAGAUGGAUGUACAUUUGCUUUCAAUAUAAAUUAUUUUUCUCUCACACUAUUUGGAAUAUUUGGCUUUGCUCAAACAUUACUGAUAUAUCCUUUUUUAAACAGCCUAUAGCCUAACUUCUCAUCUAUUUGAGUGCCAGACGGUUUUUGUUGAGACUCCACAGCCAAGUGUUUUUGAAGUGUAUUGUGUGUGAAUGAGGCCUACUCCGGGUCCAAAAGUCGCCUUAAGUUGCAGCAACAUUGGGCAACUUAAGGAAAUUUGAGGAAAAUUUGGCUGCGACUUAGGACAAUUUAGGGCAACUUAAGGCAAUUUAAGGCAACUUAAGAAGAAUUCCAGACAGGCGUAUCUGGGAUGUAUAUUUAACACCCCACACCAGGAUUACCCAAUUCCGACCAUAUUGGUUAUGACACUACUUAAUUAAACUACUACGUUUAUAUAAAUAGUAUAUAAUUAUAUGUCUAUAGAAAACAUUUUUUGUUUCAGAAAGCCAAUAAUCAUAAAACAUAUCAUUGUUGGUUUUGCAAGUAUAAAUGCAAAUACAUUCCACAUCACUAUUGGCAUUGCUCAACUGUAUCCCUUAUUUUUAUUAAAUCGCAACAUACAUAAAAUAGCAACAUAUCUAAUGGAAAUACAACAUAGUUCUAAUUAAUUUAGUUUGGCUAGCCACAAGAAUAAGUUUAAAAUUACCUUAAAGUGAACAAAAAAUACAAAUAUCUAUUCUUUGAAAUGUCUCAGUCAAUCUUUUUGAUGAUGCAUGGUGUAAGGUGGCAUUGAAAAUUUUAUGUUCUAUCAUCCUUUCCAUGUUUUUGAAAAUUGUUUCAUUUUCUGGGAUACAGCCAAUUUGCUUUUCUCCAUUGGAAAUUAAUCCAAACACUCCAAGACCAUACUUUGAUCCACAAACGAAAGUCUUUCGGAAGAAUAACUGGUUAGGUUGGUCUUUGGUAACAAGCUUUGCCUCUGCAAACUUUGAUGUCCCACUAAUCUUUACAGUUAGGCUAUUACAGUGGCCCCCAUUUUUGGAUCUUCCUUGGAUGCUUUCUUAACCUAAUGUAAUAAAGAGUAAUCGAGAAUAUAAAUCCAAGAGACCAUGAACACAAUUUCUUGCAAUGUUUCCACCAUCUUUUAUUUAUAAUUAGCCUAAUUUAUUUCACUGAUCUCAAACAUACGAAUGGACGGCGCUUCUAUAUGAGUGAAAAGUUAUAAUAUAUUUGAUUAUUUUGUCACUAUAAUCUAUAUGUAUUCUAGAAAAUAAACAAUUUGUGUGCUUGAUGAACAUAUUUUUAAAGUAAUUUAAAAAUGGAUGGUAAAACAUGCAAAAGCUCUCUGAUGAAAGCUUAAAUAGCACUUCAAUUCUAUUUCAGAACCAUCCUUAGAGAUAUGAAAAACUAGUUUCAUAUUAAUCUGACACUGCAAUUGACCAACGAAAAAUUUGUUGGCUCGAGCGGGACUUGCUACCAAUCCCUGUUGACUCGAUAGCUCAAUAGGUAGAGCGGUGGUCUAUAUACCCGAAAAUGCAAGUUCUAAUCCCGCUCGAGCCAACAAAUUUUUUCGUUGGUCGAUUGCAGUGUCAGAUUAAUAUGAAACUAGUUUUUUUUUAAAUAGCACUUUAUCAGCUUUUUAAGAGAUCAGAUUGAGAGAUCAGAGAUCAGUGCUCAAUAGGUAGAGCGGUGGUCUAUAUACCCGAAAAUGCAAGUUCAAAUCCCGCUCGAGCCAACAAAUUUUUUCGUUGGUCGAUUGCAGUGUCAGAUUAAUAUGAAACUAGUUUUUUCCUUAAAUAGCACUUUAUCAGCUUUUUAAGAGAUCAGAUUGAGAGAUCAGAGAUCAUAUACUAUAAAAGGAGAACAUAACUGAAAGAGAGAGGUCGAUAACAGCUUUUGCUGAGCAAUGCAAGCUGGUAGCCAAUCAAAUCACAACAUACAAAAAAUAGCAACAUGUCUAACGGAAAUAUUACAUAGUUCUAAUUAAUUUAGUUUGGCUAGCCACAAGAAUAAGUUUAAAAUUACCUUAAAGUGAACAGAAAAUACAAAUAUCUAUUCUUUGAAAUGUCUCAGUCAAUCAUUUUGAUGAUGCACUGUGUUAGGUGGCAUGGAAAAUUUUAUGUUCUAUCAUCCUUUCCACGUUUUUGAAAAUUGUUGCAUCAUUUUCUGGGAUCCAGAUGCAAGCAGAUAGCCAAUCAACAACCACAGCCAAAGCAGAUUCUGGUAACGCUGUGAGCUUUAAUAUGUGAUAAUAGGUGUUUAUAAUCAGGUGUAAUGUUCACAUAUUAUGAUAGACUUGGCCUUAGCCCAAACAGAGCGCAAAUGCGUAAUAAAAUCUUGACAUCCCAUCAUACCUCAUCGUCAUACAUCCAUACGUACAUUUUCGCGAUGUAUGCACACACUUUAUACAAAUUGAACACAUCACUCUUAAAGAAAUUGCUUAAGUAUAUAUUGCAAAUUAAUUAAGACUUGCAUCUUUCUGUUAUAUUGUAUAUGCUGUAAGAUAUAUCGAGAAUUUGGAAUGUCAAAACAUCUUCCAAAAAUUACAAGAUGGUUCAGGUCAGCAGUAAGAUGUUUGUCGAUGACUUAUUUCAGAAAAUUGCAAAGAUCUUUCAGGUGAACAAAAAUAUGAUUAUUUUAACCAACAGAUUCAAGCCUCCAAAUUGCUCUGAGUCUAUAGACGUGGAAAUAGCUCCAUCAGAUGAAAGCAGUUUAUAUCAUGCACUUGAAGCUCUCGAUAAUUAUGGCAAAUUAAUGGUAGAUUUAAAAGUCCAAAAUCACACAGAAUUUUCUUUACCUGAUGGAAAAAGAAUAAGAACUAAAGAAACAAUAUCGGAACUAAUUAAGUGAGAAAUGGGUUUGCACACAGAUGAGGGGCAACAGAAAAGGGGUUUCCUAGAUGCAAAAUGGACAACAAGAUGCAACGAGCUAAUGGUAGAAAAUUCACACCUCCUUGAAUUUGAUAAAUUGAAAUCUGGUAUCGGACUGGCCCUUAGAGAUGCAGGUUUUCUAAUAAACCCUUUUCAAGUUAAAUGCCCGAUUUGCACAACUAUAGUUGUCCUCAGUGCAAUGAACCAGUCAAGAGCAUUGGUUCAACACUUGAAAAAUAAGCACGGUGCCUAUCAUUUUACGCCUAGGAGCUUGGGUGAAGUAAUAACACCUAUAUGUAUUGUACAUAUAUAUGCAUACAGUAUAUGGAUCAGAAUAUAUGAUAUUUUGUAUGUUGCAUGUCUAUUAAAAAUUUGAGGGAAAUUUGGAGCAUUUUUCAUAGAAACUAUAUUUGCAGACAUUGGAAGUUAUUUUCAGAGUUUUUAAAUCCGGCUCCACAAAAAAAUAAUGAAUAUUACAAAACAGAAGAGUACAGAGCUUUAAUUUUAGUCUUAUUUUAAAUAUAAGAGCCUGCUGCAGCAUAAAGUAGACUUAAAAAACAGCAAAACCUCCUGAAACAUUAAAACUUAAUAGAUACUUUAUUUUAAAUCAAAUAAAAGUCAUGAUACUAAGUAAUUGUAUAUCUUAUUUGUGUGUUCGAAUUCUGAUCCAUUAUACUGUGAAGCAUGUGCAGAGUGUAUAGUAACCAAAUAUUGUACAUUUUGUGAUGCUCGUUAAAUAGAAUUUUUGCAGAUUCCGGUUCAAUUUUAUGUAAGCCCGAGCAGUGGACACUUUUUAUUACUCAACAACCAAAAUUAUUUUGAACAAUGAAUUGAAAUUCAUAGGGUACAAGUUUGGAUGAUGUGCAAGUUUGGAUGGUGUGAAAGUUUGGAUGGGUAGAAAUUUGGAUUGCACUUGCAAACUACUAGAGCUUACAAUAAAAUCUCCUAGAAUGAGUGAAAAUUCUGUUUAGCCAGAAUUUCAAAAUUGUGUUCUUGUCUUAUACACCCUGUUAAACAUGUACCUACAUUUAUAUUCCCGAGCUGGUGGCACGAAGCGCCGUGCGAGGGUACUAAUUCCGCACGGCUAAUUAUACCCAGGUAUAUGAAAACAUGGCGGAGUGCAAAGUUGUCUUCCAUUUUGUUUAUGUCAUGGACGAUUUUCCACAUUAUGUGCAUGUGCGAGUACAAAUUCUGUCAAAGUAAUUGUUUUUCAUUUUGAAAGGACGUAUUUUGCUGUUUUACAGCAAUUUUUUGUUUUAAAUUUCGUUAAAAAGUUUACAAAAGUACAACACGUUUUUUUCCUCGAUUUUAACUGGAAAUAAGCCUGCAGUUUCAUGAAUUGGUGGCUGUUCAAUCGUGAAACAAAGUUUGUAUAAUAAUUGUUUAGAUGCUUUGAUGUUGAUGUCUUUGAUAAUUUAAUCGUUGUUGUGCCGGAUUGGGUAUGUAUAAACAUUUCAGUAGUAAAAUUUCAUGCGGGAACUUGCUUUGUGUUGUCGGUUUUAUUCAUAUCUGCGAAAUUUAAGCCACUCUUAACUCGAUAAUUCACGUUAAUACAAGCUGGUAUGCAUGAAAUUAUAGUGAAUGUUAUCAUUCAUUAUAAAACUAGCGCAUCAGUUGUGUUUUUAUGUUUGUUUAUAAUGGUCUUAAUACUUUAUGUGGAGUUUUUAUACUUCAUCUGUUAAGAAAGGUGAGGGGUUGCUGCAUGCAUGUAUUUUCUAGUAGUAUUGAUGAACAAUUAUUGAGAACUGUUUCAACUGCAUAACUGCUGUAGGCUGAGACAUUUCUUCAUAUCUUACAUGCAUGUAAAUGCCCUUGAUGCAUUUAUGGUUGAGCAACGUUCACAGCCUGGUCCUGUGAACAACUGGGAACACUGCCCAACUCUUUUCAGUUACUGUGAGAGUCUGUUCAAUGUUGCUACAAGAAAAGGAUACAGAUUUUACUUGGGUGGUAAGUAGUUUGGACUGCAAAACGAAAGAAAUGCAAUAGCAGAGUCAAAAUCAUACUGCAACCCUGGUCCUUCAGUUUCCAUGUUAGACUCGAAAAAGAACACCUCAGUACAAUUCUGGUCCACACAUACAUAAUUUGAUGUUGUUUUUACAUUUGUUGAAUUUGUUAGAUGGUGUCCUGUGUUUCAAUGCACCUGGAGUUAAAAAUUUCUAACCAUUGUUCACUAUGAUGGAAUGCCAAUAAACAUUGGAACAUUUCCAAGAUAUGAAAAUGGAGAAAUUUUUUUCGAUGGAGUAAUUCCACAUAUUGGCCUGGAAAAGAUGAAGGAACUGUACCAAAACAGUAACACAGCUGUCCACAACUAUAUAACUGAGAACUGUACUUGGAUGAGUGAAGUAAAAGAAUUUGAUAUGUGCAAUGCUUCUGGAAGAGUUCAUGUUAAUAUUUACACAAGUUUUAGUUCCUCUGCGGGAGAUUCUGAAAGUGUUAGAGAUGAACUCAAAGAAACUCUUUCUUGUGUGAAUUCUUGUACAAAUUGCAUCCUAAAGGGGAAGCUAAAAACUGUUCCUAUUUGUCAACCAAGGAACCUUGCACUCAGUGCAAGAACUCAGAUGCAGUCCAAUGUGUCAGUGCAAUGUGUAUUCAUGUUUCCUUGGAUCAAGCCCCAUCACAACCGCGUGCUCACUCGGAACUGAACAAAGAAGGAACACCAGAUUUUGGUGAUGCAGGUUAUAGGUUUUAUGGCUUUGGACUUCUUCACUUUUGUAUCAACUGUAUCUCUUCUCUCCGUCACUACAGACUUACCGAUAUGUCUGAAACAUUCUAUGUGGGACUAUUAUGUGCAAUUUGGGCAUCAAAUACAAGCGAGGCAAAGAAAAUGAAUGAAGUAAGCCCUGCAGCUGUCUUUUCUGUCGGAGAUGCACACCCUUCAAGCAAAAACAAAAGUGCUUGUAACAUGUUUGGUUUGGCUUGUAAUGUGUUUCUGAUUCUGAUGUUGGAGAAGAAUAUCUUGUAGCUGAGGUUCCGGUAGAAAUACAGGCUGCUGAGCAUGAACAAGAACUACAAGUGCUUGAUAAAAGAAGGCAACGAAUAAUCAGAAAUGUUGAUGGUCAAAUCUUGACAUCGCAUAAAGAUCUCUACCGAAGCCAUCCAGUACAAAGAAGAACAAAACAAAAGCCAAAGGAACUGGAUGUGAAUGAAGCAGAACGAGACAAUCCAGAGUUCCAAUAGAUGUUUAAGGGUAUGGUACUCUUUUAAAAUUACAUUUUUGGGAAAGUAACAAUUAGGUUUUGUUCAUAAUACUGUAUUUUCCUGGAUAAUUGAUUCAAAUUAGUUCAUUAAAAAUUUGCCUUAACAUGUCAUGGUGUGAAAACAGAGGAAAUUAUAGUCACACAUAAGCUUCUAGGUUCAUAGGAAAACUACCUGAAAACUAUAGCAAAAACUAUUGGAAACCCUUCACUUGAAACGUUGAGGUAGUUAUCCUAUCAACCCCAUAAGCUUAGCAAAGAACCUACCUACACUGGCAACCCACAUUCCUAGUAAACAUAGUCUUUGUAUGCCAUUGUGUAUUGCAUUUACACAAAUACCACUUUAACAAAUCAUUAAGCCGCCAUCUUUGUUUAACGUUCACAGGCGUAUAGCCCUCAUCAGUGAACUGUAAAUACCCAAAACGGGGAGUUAUUUACACGAUUCUGUCGCUCAGCAAAGUGACGUAAUUAUCAUAUUUAGUUAUUUAAAUUGAUGCAAAUUAAGACUAACAGGGUACAAAAAGGCAACCAUGCAUACAUUUCACAGUCAGACAAACAAAGUGUUCAAUAUUUGCAAGUGCAACAGGAUGAAGGUGUGGUUGAAAAGAAAACUUAAUAUACUGUGGAAAAUACUAUUAUUGAUUUGGGGUUUUCGUUGACCAAGGAGCUGCUCAGAGUCUUCUUCAAUGAGGAGAGUUGGCGAAACAGAGUAAUAAAGAAACAGAGAGUUUGUAGACCGAGACAGUUAAGGUUACUGCGCAAAGGCAUUCAUGCCACUAGUAUCAUGAGGCAUAACAUUGUUAGCAUGAAGAGAUUGAGAAUAGUUUCUAUAAAGCUGCAUGAACUCUUCUUCCACGGCACCAUUCUUUGCACAGUAAGCUGGAAGCACUGGAUCAAACAACACAGCAAACACCGUUUUUUCAUUAAAUUGAAAUUGCAUUUGCUCAGGAAUUAUAUCCAAAAAUGGGAUAUACAUUGCUACGCGGAAAUAAUGUAGUCCGUGAGUAGAAUCGUCAACAUCUGAAACAUCUGGGUUAUCUCGAUACACUGAUCUUUGAUAAACUCUUGAACACUCCAUUUUGAUUUUGAGGCAUGUUACAGUGUCAAGAAUCCACUUCGUUAUCUUGGCAAAACGACGUUCUCAGUCUUGACAAUCUUCAUCGAGGAUAGUUAUGAUGUCUUGGAUCUCCGUCAUUGCUUCCUUUACAGAGGUGUUUUUCUCCUGUACACGCUUGGAUAAUAUACCUAUGUUAUUGUUCACGUUAACAAUGCAAAAUAGAGUGACAAUCAAUAAAAGUGCUUUUUGUCACUGCUUUGAAGAGUGAGGAAGCCUGUGAUUUGGCAUCUGGAUCUUCCCAUCUGCUGAUAGCCAUUAGUGUCCUCACAAUUGGAAUGUAAUUUGUUACAAAAUUUUCUAGUCCAGUUAUUCGUUCAACCCAUCAUGUCUCCCACAAUGACUGAAUAUUUUUGCUGCCAUGAUGAACAGCGGAUACUGGAUAAGUUAAUAGCAUAUCUUAAGGUAACUUUCUUCUUGUUGCCAGUAAUUGGAAAGGAUGUUAUCUUCUUGACAGUGCUUAUCAUGUUGCGAGUAACAGGAAGUUUUGACGCAUUAACAAGUGCGAAAUUGAGUACAUGGGCAGAGCAGUGAUAAUACUUUGCAUACAUACUUACAAUGCUCCUUUACAAAAGCUCAUGUUCCCACAUUCGUUGAACUCAUGACACUUGCGCCAUCGUAGCUUUGUGCAACAGCUGCGUUGGGAGAUAAACCGAAUUGUUGAAUUUCAUUCCAAAUUGCUUUCCUAAUGACCUUACCAGUAAGUUUUGGUUCUUCAACCUCAAACACAUUUUGAUUUUCUUCUUCGCAUCUCUGCAGAAAAUUAUACAUUGUCCCAUGAAUGGAGUCUUGCUUUACAACAACUUCGCUGGGAUUGCUGGAAUUGCCAGAUUCGAACCACAUUCUUUGUCUAAAACAUCCAGUAAGAAAAUGAAGUUUUCGAAAAUUGUCUUCUCAUUGCAAUCGUAAUAGCUCAAGCAAAGAGAGAGCUGUUCUACGGCUGAUAUGACAGUUGUUUCAUCCGCCAUUAUCACAUAAAAACCUGCCUCUUACACGAGAAACAAAUGUUUGCUGCAACUCUGCUCCAACGCAUUAAACUACUUGAUUUUGAAUGUUUCCUCAGCACAAGCACUUUGUUAAGUUUGUUUUCUUGUUUUCGUCAUUGUAUAAAGAACAAUUGAUCAAGUUGACUUGGUACAUAAUAAACAAGCACACUAGAAAACCCGAGUAGAAUUAAUUUACUUCAAUUAAGUUUGAAGUAAGUAUAGAUUGCAAUAAAUAUUUCCAAAGGGGGGAGCCACAGCUCUCACGACUCCCCCCCCUGGCUAUGUCACUGCUCAGAAUGCAAAUGAAAGGAGGGAAACAAUAAAAUUUUUCAUAUGCUCAGGAAAUAGUAAAGGCAUCGAUAUGCUUAGCAUAUGGGUCUGUAUCGAACUGUUUUCCUAAUCGAGAGGCAAACAGAUCAAUAUUAGGUGAAAACAUAGUUUGGAUAGAGCCUUCAGUCAAAUGUUUUUUAUUAAGCAUCCAUUCAGUGUCAAGGUUUUUGUUUCUGGAUUCUUUGUCGGCAAGGAUAUUCAGUUUACCGGGAAUGUAUGUGGCGGUGAGCCAAAUUCCAUGCUUUUCACAUAUUAAGGCCCAAAUCUCAUGUGUCAACUCAUUGCAUUGCUCACUGUGAUUUGCGCCUUUAUUAUUAAUUACUGACACUGCUGUUGCAUAGAUAUCUUAUAUACACUAGAUAGCACAUCUCUUUUAUUAAAAUUGAAGCCAAGAAUGUUCCAGCGGUUACCUCCAUUUCAAUGGAUGGCAGCCAUAUUGGUCAUUCCCACUUGCUAAUAAACGCUUAAAAACAACAAUAACUUUCAUCAUUUGAAUAGUUUAAAAACGUAUUUGGAAUAAGGUUAACUUAAUGUUUAAGUUCCCUGUUUAAGGAAUAGAAAACAUACGAAUCUUCUCAUUUCAUGGGAACGACCUGAGAGUGCAAUCACGGCUUCAAUUUUUUAAUUGCAGAAUAAUUAGAUGCACUAUCCAGUGUAUAUAAGAUAUCUAUGUGCCGUUGUGUUAUCAAUCGUGAUUUGUACAUGCUUAUUUCUUAGGUGGUUUAUAAAACUUUUCAAAGUGGAAAAUGCAGCGAGCAAUUCCAAAUAAUUUAUAUGUUGUUUUGCUUCAACUGCAGUCCAAGACCCUCCCGUAGAACAGCUAUCCAGCACACCUCCCCAACCUGUGAGAGAUGUGUCUGAAUUAGCACUGACAUCUACGGGAGUGGGAUGGAUCAAGUUAUAUGAGUUUGGUAAAUUCAAUAACCACCAUUUCAGUUCUUCAAUUGAACAAGUUGACAAUUGCAUAUAUUUAUCAAAGUUUCCCUUUGCUAUUUUUAAUGCUUCAAUCUUAUCCAGCUCAAUGACUCUAUAUGUGACAUUCUCCGUAUCGAACGGCUGGGAAACUGGAAACAAGUAACCCAAUAAUUUGUGUACCUCUCUGAAUUUAGUAUAUAUGAAAUAUGAGACAUUAUUUUUGUGAUUUUCUCAUUAGCUAGCUUAAUUUUCAUUGUUGUGGAAUUGAGCUCAAAACCCAAAAACACAAUCUUCUGUUGAGGGAAAACAUUGACUUCUCAACAUGAAGGACAAAGCCCCAGUUAGUGAGGAGAUUGACAGCGUCAAUAAUUGAUGUAAUACAGCCCUCAUAUGAGGUGGAUAUGAUCAAAAUAUCAUCAAUAAAUAUAAAAUAUAUGACCAUUUUUCCAUAAGGUGCAUAAGACUGGUUUAAGUAGUUUUGUAAAGUUUCGUGUACAUGUUGAUAAACCAUUUGGAUAAACAGUAUAUUUGGAAAAAUUUUCCUUUAUAAAAGAAUUUUAAGAACUUUUGAUAGUCCUUAUGUAUACCAACAAUAUAAUAUGCAUGCUUGAGAUUGAGGGAUGCUAGCCAACAUUCCUUUGUCAUAAGUGAUAAGGUGGUAUUAAAAUGGUAUGAUUUGACAUGUUCAUUAAAUUUUGAAAUUUAAGAUAAGUCAAACUUUAUCAUCUUUCUUGGAAACGGAAAAGAUUGGUGAAAUGAACUUGCCUGGUCCGUGGGAAGUUUUGACAAUGACGUUUUUAGCCAAGAGUUUAGAAAUCUCUUCGGCUAUUUUAAUUUCAUGAUCUUUAGAAAUCAAGUUUGUUGGAUAAAUAGAACAUAUUGGGGGGGUCUCCGAUAAACUCAAUGACUUCACCUUUGACAGUCUGUUGUAUACUUUUGUCAGAAGUCAAACCUUCCCACUGUGAAAUAAAAUAUUUCAGUUGGCCACCACAAAAUAGGUCAAUCAGUCUUUUUAAAUUUGGCAAGAUUUUUGAGGUAAAGUAUAAAUAUCAUUCCUUAAAAUUUUGAAUUACACCUCCCAACCCCCCUGAUAAAUUAUGACCAGUCCCUUAGAGAGUAACAUAAUCAGGGGGAGGGCACAUUGCCAUCUAAAGGCUAAACAGGGUGCAUGGCCAGAUUAACCUAUUGAGUGGCAGCACUCUUCGCCAGAUGAGUAAAAUUGCCUGGCAUCAGGCUUUUAUGGCGAAGGGCGUCCAGGCGUCCUGGGACGCCUCUAGAACAAAAAAUGGAAGCCCAAAUUCUGGGGAGAAAGGGAAAUUAUUUUCAGUUAAUUCCCUAAGUAUAUUAAUAUAUCUGAAACGAAAUAGCUUCAAUUCUCAUUAUUAUUAUACAUUUGACAUUUUGAUCAAUUUGAUGGUGUAUCUGGCUGAAUGAAAAUGCCAUAGUUAAGUAAAGAAGCAAAGCGGCACAAACUCACAAAGCCAAGUGUAUUUGAAAAAUUUCGAACAAGCUUGGAACCUCUACUGAUAUGAAGUAUCUACUGAUAUGAAGUAACAUAAACUUUAAGGUUUUCCAGAGGAACGUUUUCUUGACCCCCACCACCACCUUUAUUGUAGAUCUAUCAUUGUACCAAAAUUGGACGCUGUCUUGUAGGACCCUUGCUAAAAGCCUGCUGGCAUUAGAAAUAGUACCAUAAUAAAGUGGGGCACACUUCCACUUAAAGGGUUCAGGUUUGCAAAGGACAACCGUUUUUGAAUGAGCUGUACAGUAGAUUGACUCUACCCCAAUCAAUCUUCUUCCUAACUGCAGAAAAGGAUUUUAAUUUUGUGUGAAGACAAGUACAUAGCAAAGCCUUUCCAAGUAUGCCACUGACAAAAGGAUUGCUUCACAAAUUAUUUUGUGUGGUCUUAUUUUUUCACGACAGUAAAUUGUGAAGUUAGAUUAAUUUAUAGUUUGGAGGACUUUUCUUUUUUUUGCGACUAUACUCUUGACCAAAACGGGAUAUUCAAAAUACCUCCUACGGGCCUAUCAACGUGGGUACAAGUUAAAAACUAUUUUGUAAACUCAUUUGAAAACUCAAAUACCCCAAAUGUAAACCUGAAUCCCACUCUGUGGCUUAACAUUGAUAGGUGCUUAACCAUAUCGAUAAAAGUAAUUAUAUGAAAAAAUAACUGAAAGCAGACAGUUGAAGGCUAGACAAGACAAUUUUUUUUAAGAGGGCCCUUACAUACCGAUGCAGAAUCAAAUAGCUAUACUAGUUCAUUACACACAAGUGAGGCAACAAAAGCCUGGCAUCUACAGAUUCACUUCUCACUUUGACCUAUUAUAGCCUCACCACUUCUACCCCUAGGAGAAGUAAAAUUGUCACAUGCACAUGCAUGUUGUUAUUCAUUCCUUCUAUGGUACAUAUGGAUAGAAUAGAUUUUUAAAGGGACAGUGAAAAUGUCCAACUUUUAUUGAACCUUUUAAUGCACCCUCUUCCCCCACAACACAUGCAUGCACAGACUUAAGUGAUGGUUGAGAAUGAGAUUUUAUCGAAUUGGAUUCAUCAUUGUUCUAUAUUUUUGUAAUCUAAAUCCGUUAUUUAAUGUAAAAACUGUUACUUAAAUGGGAAAACUAUUAUUGAAAAGUAUAUAUUUAAAAAUGCAAAAACGUUUCUUACCCUUCAUUUCUUUUAUAUUAAUAUAUCAAAUACUGAACUUUAUAAAAACAUUCAACAAUUCUUUAUUUACUCAACUCUCAUGCCUAAAGGAUGGUGACCGGGAGUGAAACUGGAAGCAAACAUGUCAUGAACUUGCCCCCGCCAGAAGACUGUGGGAAAUUUAAAUGCCGUAAACAAUUUAAGUUUUAUACGAAACAAAACAAAGUGCUUUGAAUUGAAACAAUGGAAAUUGUGGAAAAAGAAACCCAAGGAAGGAAACUAUGGAAAGCAAUAAAAUUUCAGACCCAAAUAUCUUUUUUCCGUUUCCCAAACAACGACAGUCGGUAAGAUGACAAAAUUAGGGAAAGUACAUUUAUUACACCGAGGGAGGGGGAUGAAGAUGUCUUGAAAAAAGCUCCUAUUUUUACAGGGCCCCUGUUGAGGUUAUCGGUAAAUUUCAAUGCCCCCCCCUCCAAGUUUUUAAAAUUUUCAAUGCCCCCCUCUAGAAUUCGGAAUCGAAGGAGUACAAUCUGGAAUUCUCUCUUAUCAUAGAUACAAUUUGCAGUUCCUCAAGAUGUCUGAUAUACUCAAGCAUGUGCUUCUCCUCAAUAAAACUACCGAUCUGCUGCUUCUUUCACCUCACUAGCGCCAGAUGAAAUGGCACCGUCACAUUUGGGGGGGGGGAUGUCAGAGGAUUAUACGUGUAAUAAUUAUAAUAAAGCUUUUUGUGAUUGAUUGGCACUCUCAUACUAAGUUUUGGGAGAAAAGGGGGUCUGGGUGUCCUCCCCCAGAAAAUUUUUACAUUUUUGAAGCUCUAGGACUGAAUUUCUGGCGUUUUCUAAAGCAAAUUUCGCAAACAAAUUGCAUGUAAAUUGACUGUAUUUUACAAAAAUGGUUAUUAGUGGCGUAACGUUAUAUCAGGGGGCCCCCGGUUCAAAAUUUUCGAAGGCCCUCCCCCCAUAGUAGAAAUGCCGAAUGCACGAGUUGAGCGCCGUAUAUGCAUGAGUUUUCCGGAAAAUUUUUUAAUCUAGACUCUCCGAAAUGCCAUUUCCCGGACUUUGGGGAGAGAUUUUACAGAAUUCUGAUGGUCAGAAAACGACAUUGUAACAUAUCAGAGGCCCUGGCCAAUGUAUUUGCUCUACAGCCUGAGCCUGGGGGGGGGGCCAUUUGGCCCAUUGGGGUUGGGGGCCCCGGGUUCUCCCGGUCUGAGCCCAUAGUAGUUACGCCACUGAUGGUUAUCAUUUCACAAAAAUAAUUACUUUAUUAUGCAAAUUUUACCUGAAAAUAUAAAUAUUUUAACUUUAAUUUCCUGGGGUCAAACCUUUGAAAAGUUUAGAGCCCCCCCCCCCUUCAGUAUAUCAAGAACUUUCAGAGCCCCCCUUUAAUGCCAGAAAAUAUUUCGGGAGCCUCCCCCUUAACAUCUUCAUCCCCCCCCCCCUCGGCAUAAUAAAUGUACUUUCCCUUAUAAAUAAAUGUGUAUUUUAAACGCAAAGUAGACAGCUGGAUAACAUCAUUGAUUUUUAACAUCUUUAUUUGGAAAAAUACCAUCAAGACUAAACGUAUCACUUGGUCAUAACUAUAAAUACUUAUUUUUUCAUGUUUCUUUUGUUGUCUAUCACUCUAUAGCCGGUUUCUUAGUAUGCUUUUGUAUGUCAAUGCUGCACCACAGAGUAGGUAUUAUAGUCUCUACUCUGUGGCUGCAUCCUAUAUUUCCAUACAAACAAAUAACAGUAUUUUACAUAAUCCUAAUACAAAUAUUUUGAUAAAUUUUAUAUGCAACCUUUUAUGCAAGGAUGCUGUUUCGGUACAUGAAAACUGUAGAUUAUGUGCAAAACAUUUUCAAGAUUCCUGCAUGCUUCCAAAACCAUUCAAGAAACAGAUUAGUAAAGAUGGCAAUACCUACAAUAUUUUCCUACAAACUAGGCAUCAAGCGAAAACUUUUUCUUGAUGAAACAUCUGGUAUGUGACAUUUAAUCAACCAUACUAUACCAUACUCACAUACUAUUUAACAAUUAGACAACGAGGCCGAGUUGUCUAUGAGCGAAUAGUCAAGGAGGCGAAGCCGAGUUGACUAUUUGCUCACAGACAACGAGCUGAGUUGUCUAAUUGUUUUAGUAUAAACUUUAACAUUAAUUUACAACUAGGCUGCAAAUACAAUACAAAAAUACACAAAAAACAUUAUAAAACCAUUAAAGGUAAACAAAUAUUUUAGUUUUUGUUCGCGUAAAAUGUUUUUACAAAAGUCAGUUUUAAUUUUAAAAUUUCAUUGAGUGUAUGUUAUUUUGUCUAUUUUCUUACCCUUAAAAAUUGCCAUUCCAUAUUUUUGUUGGUUUUUUCGUGGUUUUUUAGUACAGAAUUGUUCAACAAGUUGUCCAAAAAAUCAUCAGACACUUAGGCAAAAGUGCAAAACGCGAAUUUUCCGCCAUUUUGAAUUUGCUAUUAGUAGGCUAUCACUAAUAGCCUACUAGUAGCUUAGCCAAUCAGAAGGCAUGAAAUGUGAUAGCCUACUAGUAGGUUUAUACUAAUAUUGAUUAGUAAUUACUAAUACUAUUUUUUCAGAUUGUGAACAGCCAACAAAGUCCAUUCCAGAAUAUUCAGCUGAAGCCUAUGUCACAUUGUUACCAUCCUCUCUGAAAGGUACAUUAUUAAAUAUAUCCCAUCAUCAUGUCUUUUGAGAUAUAUAAAGAUUUUACAUUUUCAACUAUUUUGUUGCAGGUCAAACACCACAAUCAGGAAGUGACUUGGGGUCAAUGAAUCAACAAUCACUAUGAAUGAAGGUAUCCUAUAAGUAACAAUUAAGAGCCCAUCAUCAUGUCUUUUGAGAUAUAUAAAGUAUAUAAAGAUUUUACAUUUUCAACUAUUUUGUUGCAGGUCAAACACCACAAUCAGGAAGUGACUUGGGGUCAAUGAAUCAACAAUCACUAUGAAUGAAGGUAUCCUAUAAGUAACAAUUAAGAGGUCAUGCAUGAUUUAUACUUAAAUAAUUUCAACAAUUUACCCUAUUUACUCAACUAUUUUGACUAUUUACUCAACUAUUUUGUUGCAGGUCAAACAGCACAAUCAGGAAGUGACUUGGGGUCAAUGAAUCAACAAUCACUAUGA